AUCUCCGACUGUCGCAACCGUUAGUCCCACAGCAGAGGUCACAACAAACGAAACAGUAUGGGAGGUGACCACGGCCACAGCAAGCUGUCCAUGCCAGACUGGCGGCAGUGGAAGGCAGAUGGGACACCACUGGAGUUUACACAGCAGAGGUUGGCUGCCAGGGGCCUCAAGGACCCAUGGGCACGUAAUGAGGCGUGGAGGUACUCAGGCGGCUUCGCCCGUGCUGUGACUCUGUCAGAUGUGCUGCUGAGAGGAUUCAAAUGGGGCUUUGCUGCCUUUACUGUUGCUCUGGCUGUAGAGUACGCCCUGUUCCCACCAAAGAAGGGUGGCCACUAAACCUCAUCAUUGUUCCUAAUACCUAGAACAUGCCCUAAUGGAUUCUAACAAUAUAAUGUAUUUUCUGUUUAUUAAAUGUCUUUUCGAUCAA